GUAAAUUCAUUCGAGGAAGUGGCAGGAGAGGCAACUCAAACGACGGAGAAGAGUUUUUUGUGUAUUCUCCGUUUAGAGAGGACAAACCGGCCCGUAGCCUUUUCAAAAUGUCCGGAUUUGAUAGCAACCCGUUCGCGGAGCCUGCCAUUGACAACCCUUUCAAUGACCCGUCGGUCACACAAGCGACCAGCUCCAAAGUAGAGCCGGUCGACCAGUUCAACCCUUUCCCGGCUCAUCCCCCAGACAGCCUCGCUACUCACACCACUCCAGCCCCCCCACCUCCCUACCAGCCUGCUGUGCUACAGCCGUCUUCAGAGCCGAGUCCACAAGCGACUGCUGCUGUAGCUCAGGCCAAUCUGCUGAGGCAGCAGGAGGAGCUGGAGAGAAAAGCUGCCGAGCUGGACCGCAGAGAGCAGGAGAUCCAGAGCCGAGGCCCGACAGGUAAAGAGAACAACUGGCCUCCACUUCCCAAGAGCUUCCCCAUCAAACCGUGUUUCUAUCAGGACUUCUCAGAGGAGAUCCCUCCCGAGUACCAGAGAGUCUGCAAGAUGAUCUACUAUCUCUGGAUGUUCAACUGUGUGACUCUGUUCCUCAACAUGCUGGCGUGUUUGGCUUUCUUCACCGCUGAGUCCACGGCCGGUGUGGACUUUGGCCUCUCCAUUCUCUGGCUCAUCCUCUUCGCUCCCUGCUCCUUCCUCUGCUGGUACCGGCCCGUCUACAAGGCCUUCAGGACCGACAGCUCCUUCAGUUUCUUCUUCUUCUUCUUUGUGUUUUUCUGCCAAGUGGUGAUCUUCAUCAUCCAGACUGUGGGCAUCCCCAAGUGGGGGAACAGUGGUUGGAUCUCUGCCUUCACUAUCAUCGGUACUAACAAGGCGGUGGGCGGCAUCAUGAUCAUGGUGGCCAUCCUCUUCACCAUCUGUGCCGUGCUGUCCAUCAUCCUGCUCAAGAUGGUCCACAGCAUGUACCGCCGGACCGGGGCCAGUUUCCACAAGGCUCAGCAGGAGUUCUCGCAGGGCGUCUUCACCAAUAAAACCUUCCAAACAGCUGCUGCUGGUGCAGCAUCCUCCGCUGCACAGGGAGCCUUCCAGGGGAACUAACAAGACUUGAGCUGAGCUCCAUUUAACAAGGUCAAGGUCUAUAUGUUAUCAAGUCUAGAUGAUUCAUUAAAAACAAAGCUGAAUGAAUCAAGAAGUUUCACUGAGAAUUUCCUGGAAGUUAUUGUGACUCUGAACAUUGCAGAUUAUAAUCUAACUUUAUAAAGUAUAGACCUUGAGCUAGGCGAGGCUACAUUGUUAGCCUCCCUCCUUUCACUCCCAAUAUCAAUGCACAUGUAGUUCCCCAUGUUAACUUUGCUUCCCACAUUCAGCAUGUCUCCUGCAGAGCGACUGCGUCGGCUCUGUUUGGAAGAAAGCAGUCGAGGGGAAAUUCACACAUCAAGUGCAUUCUGGGGUGGAAAGCAUGAAUGAAGUUGACUGAAAGCUAUUUCAGUUUGUCCUGGCUUUGUAUAUUUUGUGUGCACUUUUUUGGCAAUGCUCUUCAGUGUAAUAUAAGCGUGUGUGCGUCCGUGUGUGUGUGUGUGGCAUGUUGAUCACAUGUCUUCACACUUUUGUUUCUCCACGCCGCUGGUGGACCCUGAUCCUGUAAUAUAAAUAAGAUGAAGUUUUUUGUUUUUUUUCUGUCUCUGAGGCAUUUCUCUCUUUGUUUGGCGAACUGUCUCUUUAGCGUGCCGCAAAAUUAAUAAGGAAGACAAGUUACCGAUGAAUCUCGCACUUAAUUGUAAUCGGGCCUUAGAUUGUGGGAUAAUACUGUAAAUAUUCAUUUAAUCUGUGGUUAAUUAUUCAACAAGAAAACAUAGAUGUAGUGCAAUGUUUUUAAAACAUGUGCCUUCAACUUUUGCCAAGAUUGAAAUACUGUAUAUUUGGGUAUUUGGUAUCACGUGAAGCAGUUCCUACAUAAAGAUCACACCUGCAGAGGGAGUCAGACGGCUUCGCUUUCACUCAUUUCAUGAUUGUAAACAGCUCAUUUAAUUUCUCCUGUCAUUUAGAAUACAGAGGGAAUAUAAUUGAUUUCAUUCAGGACACAUUACUUCAGCAUCAGAUUUAGUUUCUUUUAAUAAACAUUGUUUCUGAAGCAGCUUCAAAACGUUGUUUCUUUAAAAAUACCAAAGCAAUACUAUAGAACUGGAACAUUUUGCUAAUGAAAUGUAAUAAAAGUAGAUAGCUUUAAUGGGCUGAGCCUUUUCUAUUGAAGUCACUGCUAACAGUAAAUGCAAGAGAAGAAACGUUUUAUUUUUCAUGCCGAUUCAAACUGUAGAAAUGUAAAUGUAUUCAGCCAGUGUGAAAACAUUAGGAAUAAGUUUGAGCGGAGAAGCAGGAUCCUGAAUCUCAGAUUUCUCUCAUGUGUAUCUGAUUUGUAGUUUCUACUAGUUAAAAGUCAGCAGUUUGCAGAUAUGGCAUCACAUUUUCAUUUGUUCACACAGAUCCCACCGUGAAAGAAUCUCAAAGUCUUCAUUGUGCGUCUUCAAGACGACCACAAAGCUCUAAAUUAUUUGUGUACUGAUGUAUAUUUUCUAUGGGAUUUCUUACAUUGAAAAACAUGCACGUGUUUAUUUGACGUACUGUUUCAAACAUCGGCUUGGAUGCAACACAUGUUGGCAUUCUCACUGCAAACUAAAAGCAUCUGUGUGACGUUGCAGCAGAUAGCUGUCUAAUCUAAGGCUCGAUCUUACAUCCAUUACAUAAUUCAAGACUGGUAUUAAUUCACACGUCGCUGUAUGCAUUGUUCUGAGAACAGAAUUCAGUGCCUUUUUGUAUUUCAAUAUUGAAUAUAGCAUCUAAUAAAAUGCUUUGCUUUCAUUUAAA